GUUUCAAAGCCAAUGCAAACAAUAUGUAUCCUAUAUAUACCCUACUAAAAGCUCCAUCUUAGCAUCAAACACUAAGAAGAAGAACUAAGAGGAGAAACAUAGGGUUGCAUACAUAACUUGCAUUGACAAAAUGAAGAGCUUUUGCCCCAAUGUUUCUUUUCUUUUAUUGUUUACUCUUGUUUUAACAAGUUUUGUGUAUUCCGAAGCUCAAAAGUGUCGUCCAAAUGGUAGAAUUAGGGGAAAGAAAGCUCCACCGGGACAAUGCAAUAAGGAAAAUGACUCUGAUUGUUGCGUUCAAGGAAAGUUAUACACAACUUAUGAAUGUUCACCAUCAGUGUCUACUAACACUAAAGCAUAUCUCACAAUUAAUAGUUUCGAGAAAGGUGGAGAUGGAGGUGGCCCUUCAGAAUGUGAUAAUCAGUAUCAUUCCGACGACACUCCAGUAGUUGCACUUUCCACCGGAUGGUUCAACCACAAGAGUAGGUGUCUUAACAACAUUAAAAUCAGUGCGAAUGGGAGAAGUGUGGUGGCCAAGGUUGUUGAUGAGUGUGACUCGACAAAGGGGUGUGAUGAAGAUCAUGAUUAUCAACCUCCUUGUCCAAACAACAUUGUUGAUGCUUCCAAGGCUGUGUGGAAAGCUUUAGGUGUGCCUGAGGGUCAAUGGGGUGGCCUUGACAUUACAUGGUCAGAUUGUCGUCCAAAUGGUAGAAUUAGGGGAAAGAAAGCUCCACCGGGACAAUGCAACAAGGAAAAUGACUCUGAUUGUUGUGUUCAAGGAAAAUUAUACACAACUUAUGAAUGUUCACCAUCAGUGUCUACUAACACUAAAGCAUAUCUCACAAUUAAUAGUUUCGAGAAAGGUGGAGAUGGAGGUGGCCCUUCAGAAUGUGAUAAUCAGUAUCAUUCCGACGACACUCCAGUAGUUGCACUUUCCACCGGAUGGUUCAACCACAGAAGUAGGUGCCUUAACAACAUUAAAAUCAGUGCGAAUGGGAGAAGUGUGGUGGCCAAGGUUGUCGAUGAGUGUGACUCGACAAAGGGGUGUGAUGAAGAUCAUGAUUAUCAACCUCCUUGUCCAAACAACAUUGUUGAUGCUUCCAAGGCUGUGUGGAAAGCUUUAGGUGUGCCUGAAGGUCAAUGGGGUGGCCUUGAUAUUACAUGGUCAGAUGUUUGAUUGUAAAAGAUGAAAUGCAUGUUUGUGUU